AUGGCGGCGCCGCGCGGCGACGGCGACCCCCUGGGCUUCCAGAGCGCCCUCGAUCGCCAACUCCAAUCUCAGGGCGAUCUGUCAAUCGACGCGUUCGCGGCCAAGUACCCGCCGCGCGGCUCUGGCCCCCCCUUCCUGGAUGGGGUGUCCUUCGACCCGCGAAGAGCAAAGUACUGGGGCCUGAUCGAGGAGGGCAAUUCCAGGCGAUCUGUGCAAUCGAGCGCGGAACAAGCAAAGCGGAGGAAGAGGCACGACGGCAGCCUGCUGACGCGGCUUCCCGCUGGGGCAAUGGAAAAAUUGACGCGGCACGGAUUUGUUGUCACUGAGGCGCCUUUUGCGAGUUUUGGUGACGCUUUUCACUGGAUCUACAGUGACGAUCUGCCGGUGUGGGUGGGCGCGGACGCGAUGCUGCACGCCUGGCACAGGACCUACGAUGAAAUGCUGGUGGAUGUCGAGGUUGAUGUUUUGGCUCCGAGGCUGAUGGGGGUCCUGGAGGGGAUGCGGGGGGCGGUGCCGGCGGCGGGUGAGGACCUGAGGGGCACGGCGAUCGAAGAGGGGAUCAAGGACGCGGACUUUUUUCUGACGGUGGCGAUCUCGCUGCUGAAGGGCAAGAGGGUGGAGCUGGGCGAGGGGCAGGGGCGAUGGCGGGGACCCAGCAUGGCUGUGGGGUUUGAAAGGGAGAGGGAGGGGGAGGUUGAGGACUUUGGCGGGCAGCAGGCCAGCUGUCUUGGGAAUGAUGAUCGAGUUCAGGCUGCAUUGGCGGCGAUCAAGGAGGAAGAAUUGGCACGAUGGGGGCUGUGGGGUGGCCCCGACCUGUUCGACUUCUCCCAAUUCAAGCCCAGGGGGCACUACUUGAGGAGCGGCGCCCUGAGGCGGUACUUCAGGACUGUGAUGUGGUGCGGCCGCGUGGAGGUGGUGGUGGGGGGAGGGGAGGAGGGGACGGACACCGACGGCCUGGCAGCGGCCCUGGGGCUGUUGUAUGUGCUGAGGGCGUGUGGGGGAUUUGGGGAUUGGGAGGCGUUCGAGGAUACGCUGGCGGGGUUUGUGGGGGAGGCGGACUCGAUGGGAUUCCGGCAGCUGGAGGCCGUGCUUGGGCAGUACUGCGCUCAGGUCGGUCUGAAGAACAUGGCAGAGUUCAAGAGCACGCGCUGCCUGGAUGAGCUCCUGGUGCUGAUCAAGAACUCGGACCUGGGGACCCAGGCGAUCUGCAGCUCAGUGUGGUUCAGCGACCUGAACGAUCCUGUGCCCAUCACCCUCCCCUCAGUCUUCACGUUCACGGGCCAGAAAUUCGUGAUGGACAGCUGGGCGAUCUCCAACAGUGUCUUCGACAGGGUCCUGUUCAACGGCAAAAAGGUGCCGCACCAGCACCCAAGCUGCCUCGACGUCUUCUUCUCGGUGCUGGGCAACAGCUCUGUGGCCUCAGAAAUCUGUGCGAAGGUGAGGGACAAAGACCUGCCCUACCACUCCCAGCUGGCGGCGAUCAGGUCCAUCUUCGACCAGCUGCCCCAGUCAGCGUGGAGAAAGAACCUGUACACCCUGUGGCUGAGGCUGCUGCGGACGCUGUCCAUGCCGACCACAGGGGACGAAUUUCCCCAAGCCAUGCGUACAUCGGCCUGGGCUGCAAAGUGCACGGAGACACAGGCAGGCAGCUGGACCCAGCUGCGCCACGACACUGUACUUUAUGCAAAGCAGUCCUAUGGGAUGAAAAUUCGCUGCGAAUACCCUGCAGGGUAUGUGGACCCCCGCGGUGAGUUUUGGGAUGCGUUUCUGGACAUGGUGGGGAAGGCCAAGGAGAUUUUGGUGGAGGGGGCAAAGGUGGCGCAGGGGGGGGAGGAGCAGGCAGUCGAGAGGGCAAGGGGUUUGGCAAAAUCUGGCAAAGGGGGGAUGCUCCAGGCGCUGGACAACGGAGACCCCGUCAACUGCUUCAGCAGCUCGCCUUCGUUCAGACUGCUGAGGAGGCAGGUCAGCAUCCUGGAGAGGUGGGAGGAGGUGCUUGGCAUGCUGUCCGGCAUUGCGGAGAAGGAGAGGCAGCAGCGGCCCCUGGCAGAAUCUGAGGUCAGCUUUUUGAAAAAGAUCGUGCGCAUUGAGCACCUGGGCAGCGGGGGGCCGUGCUACGACGGCUGGUACUGUGACCUUUUCUACAAGUCGCGUGAAGAUUCCUGCGCGAAGGAUUUGAUAGUUGCAGAUGUGCAUUCCAUGCCUCCAGAUGCAUUGAACCCAUCGGGGUUCGUGCUGCACCAGGGGGUGGGCCCCCCGGCCCUGAUGACCGUCGUGGUCGAUGCGGGGCCAGAUCUGGCUGUGUAUUUUGGGCCGGUGUUCAGGCACCACGAGUUUGAGUUGCUGGGAAUGACGAGGCUGACGGAUGAGGAGUGGGAGGAGCGGGUUGGGAGGGGGGAGGUGCCGGCGGCGCCGGGGUGGAAGACUUAUUUGGCGGCAGAGGAGAGGGGGAAGGGCUCGGGGGGGCGGGGCGUGCUGGGGAGGAUCAAGACUUGGGCGUCCCACUCCAACCGCUGGUAG